AUGUCCCAAGAGCAACCUAUCCAGUGCCCUUAUGAUUCAUGCCAGAAAAUGGUACCGCAGGGCGAGUUACAGAUGCACAUGGAUAGACAUCUAGCCGAACAAUUUGCUGCAGAGGAUGAGCUGGCAUGGCAAGCGAACAUAGGCGAGGCAAAAACCCAUGUCAAAGCUGAUGAUGACAAGAACAACAUGCAGCAACCUUCCUCAUCGUCUUCAACAACCAGCGACUUGAGACGUCCCAUUGCCAUAGACUUGACACAAGAUAGGGCGUUUUGGGCCAAAUUGAAGAGGAUCAAACCUCGCGAACGCGUUACCAACAUGAUACAGCUUCUCGUACCUCGACUCUUGCAGAUCGGCAGCACCAAAAAGAGCCCUGAAAUGCGUGUGGUGUACUUGUGCGAUAGUACAGUCGACCAAAUCAUGACGCAGCCGUAUGAUAAGGGAUGGGGCUGUGGAUAUCGCAACUGUCAAAUGCUGCUAUCGUAUCUUCAAAAAGCGCAAAUCAAUGGCGUCUCAUUUGUCAAGCAUGUUCCCAGCAUUGAAGGCAUUCAAUAUUUGAUUGAUCAAGCAUGGAAAGAUGGUAUUGAUCGAUCAGGUGCUGCACAAUUGGAGCAUGGGAUUGUAAACACUGAAAAGUGGAUCGGUGCUACUGAAGUUUAUGCGCUUCUUACCUAUCUUGGAAUACGCUGCAAGAUCUUGGAUUUCGAUUCUGCAUCCAUCGCUUAUGACGAUUCACGUGUUACCGAAUUUGCAAAUGGUCUUCUCGAUUGUGUACAAGAUUACUUUGUAUCUGGCAGCAACCUCGGCACCCACACCAGUGACAAUGAAUCCAACACCGUUCACAUGACCAACAAGGCACCCAUCUAUAUACAGCAUGAAGGCCACAGCCGAACCAUUGUAGGCAUCGAAGUGAUCAACCAAGGUGAAAAGCGCAACCUGCUCGUGUUCGAUCCUGAUCGCAAGCUACCGGAGACCAAAGCAGCCACGGAGGAUCGUGGAGGCCGAGUGCUUACAUCCUAUCGUUUGAAUCCUCAUGUUCUUGGUGGUAAAGCACAAUACCAACUACUUGUUCUCGGUGAUGCCACCAUCGACAAUCAGACGAACCGUAUCCGAUUCAACAACGACAAGAGCAUCUUGCUUACAAAGAUAGAGCAGUAUAGCAUGAAGAAUCUCGUUAGUGUUCGUGCCAUGUGA